AUGGCGGCAUCGGGCGGGGCGGCGCGGCCCGGGGCGGAGGUCGUGCAGCUCAACGUGGGCGGCAAGAGGCGCGUGGGCCCGGUCCCACGGGACCCCCGGGACCCCCCCGGUCCCCUCCGCUUCCCCCCGUUCUCCUCCUGGCCUCCCCCAACAGUCUUACCAGCCAAACGCCGUAACCGGCACAGUGUGGCGGGGCCACAGAUUGCUACCCGUUUACCGGCGACGACCGACAGAGCCCCUGUGCGACGCAGUAACACCAUGCCCCCCAAUUUGGGUAACGCUGGUUUAUUGGGGCGCUUGUUGGAAGACCGAACCCUUGCCGCCGCGAGCGAACCGGGAGCGGUACGGAUCGUCUGCGGGCAUCACAACUGGAUUGCGGUGGCUUACGCCCAGUUCCUUGUCUGCUAUAGGAUGAAGGAGACGUCGGGGUGGCAGCAAGUCUUCUCCAGUCCCCGCUUGGACUGGGUGAUCGAACGGGUGGCCCUCAACGCCAAGGUGCUUGGCGGAGCUUUGGGUGACCACGACAAGAUGGUGGCGGUGGCGUCUUGCAGUGAGAUCAUCCUCUGGGCCCUGCAAGCUGACGGCAAUGGCAGCGAGAUCGGCGUCUUCCACCUGGGAGUGCCGGUGGAAGCCCUCUUCUUCGUGGGGAACCAACUCAUCGCCACUAGCCACACUGGCAAAAUCGGCGUCUGGAACGCUGUCACCAAGCACUGGCAGAUCCAGGACGUUGUCCCCAUCAACAGCUACGACGCUGCUGGCACCUUCCUCCUCCUCGGUUGCAACAACGGCUCCAUCUACUAUGUGGACGUUCAGAAGUUCCCCCUGCGCAUGAAGGACAACGAUCUGCUGGUGACAGAGCUUUACCGUGACCCCACUGAAGAUGCUGUCACUGCCCUCAGUGUCUACCUCACCCCCAAGACCAGUGACAGCGGGAACUGGAUUGAGAUUGCCUACGGCACCAGCUCCGGUGUAGUACGGGUCAUCGUGCAGCACCCUGAAACGGUGGGCUCCGGUCCUCAACUCUUCCAAACCUUCACCGUACACCGCAGCCCCGUCACCAAAAUCAUGCUUUCGGAGAAACACCUCAUCUCCGUUUGUGCCGACAACAACCAUGUCCGGACCUGGACAGUGACUCGUUUCCGUGGGAUGAUUUCUACCCAACCUGGCUCGACGCCGUUGGCUUCCUUCAAAAUCCUCUCCCUGGAUGAUCUUGACGGUCCUGCUGGCUGCGGCUCUGGCACCGAUAUUGGACCUUUCGGCGAACGGGACGAGCAGCAGGUCUUCAUCCAAAGAGUGGUGCCGGAUGCAUGUCAGGUCUUCGUCCGGCUUUCCUCCACCGGUAAAAGGAUCUGCGAGGUGCGUUCGGUCGACGCCGCAGCCAUCACCGCCUUCACCGUCCACGAGUGCGAAGGCUCCAGCCGGAUCGGUUCCCGCCCGCGCCGUUACCUCUUCACUGGCCACGCCAACGGCAGCGUCCAGAUGUGGGACCUCACCACCGCCAUGGAGAUGUUGGGGAAGCCCCCAGAAGCCGGUGGUUUGACGGAAGAGGAGCUGUUACGGCAACUGGAUCAAUGCGAUUUGGCAUUAACUGGACCCCCCGGGCCCCCCCGGACCCCCAACCCCAGCCUUCGGUCGCCAGGGCCCAGCCGGGUGGAUACGCCGACCCCUUCCCCCCCACUGCCGAAACACCGCGGGGAACCCCUGGGUAUCCCCCCCCAACCCCGUUAUCGGGGGGCAGAGGGAGACCCUCCCUUUUCCGGGGGUCCCCGAGGAGGGGGCAGUUUUGUGGAGCGCUGCCAGGAACUAGCCCAACGCCUCGGCCCCCCCGAGAACCCCGAACCCCCCCUUGUCUGCCCGCUGCUGUGCCAGAACGGGGGGGUCUGCGCUCGCCCCGAUAGCUGCGUGUGCCCCCCUGAAUUUACCGGCAAGUUCUGUCACCUCCCCGCUAACGGCACGUGGGGGGGCGGGGGGGUCCCCCAAAAUCCGGGGGGGCCCCAAGCUCUCACCCAAUCCGUCUACACCCUACCCUUGGCCAACUAUCGGGAGGAAGAGGAUGGUGCCCAGUCCAUGGUGAGCAUCCACGUGCAACACCCGCCCGAAGCCUCGGUCACCAUCCAUCAAGUAGAACGGGUGCGGGGGGGGGAUGAGACCCCUGCAGCACCCACAGCCCCCCCAGUACCCAGAGCCCCUCGCCCGGCACCCCUCUACCGUGUCCUGGCGCAGAGCAGCCCCCGGGUGCCCCCCGCCCACCAGGUGAUCUCGGAAGCGCGGGGACCCUGUUACCGUGUCCUGCGGGAAGGACGCUGCGCCCUCCCCACCCUCCGCAACAUCACCCGCCAGAUCUGCUGCUGCAGCCGGGUGGGCAAAGCCUGGGGGGCUGGCUGCCACCGCUGCCCCCCCUUUGGCUCUGCAGCCGUCGGCAGCGUCUGCGAGAGGAACCCCCAGAUCUGCGGCCCCGGGCGCUGCGUCCCCCGUCAGGGCGGCUACACCUGCCUCUGCCACCCCGGCUUCUGGCUCAGCACCCAGGGCACCCACUGCAUCGACGUGGACGAGUGUCGGCGCAGCCCCCGGCCCUGCCCCAAUGGUCGCUGUGAGAAUUCGGUGGGGAGUUACCGUUGCCUCUGCUCCCCCGGCUACCGCCCCAGUGCCGCUGGCACUGACUGCCAAGAUGUGGAUGAGUGUGCCCAAAGCCCCCCACCCUGCACCCAUGGGCGUUGCGAGAACCUGCCCGGUGGUUACCGUUGCACCUGCCCCGCUGGCUACCGGGGGACGGCGCCGGAUGAGCCCUGCCAGGAUAUCGAUGAGUGCGAGAACCACCUUGCUUGCCCUGGCCAAGAGUGCAUCAACACCCCGGGCUCCUUCCAGUGCCAGCCCUGCCGUGAGGGCUUCCAGCUCCACCGCAGCCGCUGUGCAGAUGUGGAUGAGUGCACAGUGGGUUCCCCCUGUGGUCCCCACGGCCGCUGCACCAACACGGAGGGCUCCUUCCUCUGCGAGUGCCAGCGCGGUUACCGGGUGGGCGCCGGCGGUGGUCCAUGCGCAGACGUCAAUGAGUGCCUGGAGGGCGACUUCUGCUUCCCCCACGGCGAGUGCCUCAACACCGAGGGCUCCUACACCUGCCUCUGUGCCCAGGGCUACACCAGCACCCCCCAGGGCACCGCCUGUGCUGACGUGGAUGAGUGCCAGCGCGGGGGUGUCUGCGAGGGCGGCCGCUGUGCCAACACCGACGGCUCCUUCGAAUGUCACUGCCCGGCGGGUUUCCGCACUGACGCCGACAAGGCCCUGUGCCAGGACGUGGACGAGUGCCAGGAGUAUGGUGCCAGCCUCUGUGGUGCCCAGCGCUGCGACAACAUCCCCGGUUCCUACCGCUGCGUCACCGACUGCCAGCCCGGCUACCGCGCCGGUGACGGCGGGGACUGUGUCGACGUGGACGAGUGCCAGGAGUACGGUGCCAGCCUCUGCGGUGCCCAACGCUGCGACAACAUCCCCGGUUCCUACCGCUGCGUCACCGACUGCCAGCCUGGCUACCGGCUUGGUGAUGGCGGGGACUGCGUCGAUGUGGACGAAUGUUCCAACGGGACCUUGUGCGGAGCCCACGCCACCUGCCACAACCUCCCCGGCUCCUUCCAGUGUGCCUGCGACCCGGGCUACGAAACCGCCCGCCAUGGCCACCACUGCGUGGAUGUGGAUGAAUGCGAGACGUUACGGGGGGUCUGCGGGGCUGAACGCUGCGAGAACGUCGAAGGCUCCUUCCUCUGCCUCUGCCCCGACAGCCGGGAUGAAUUUGACCCUGUGACGGGGCGUUACGAUCACCUUGCCAUCUGCCCGCAUGGGCACGGCCGAGCCCCCACCGGCCCCCAAGACUCGCCGGCAGAUGUGGACGAGUGCCAGCUCUUUGGGCCCCAGCUCUGCCGGGGGGGGGUUUGCCUCAAUGCCUCCCCCGGCUUCAGCUGCUAUUGCCCCAGCGGCUACUACUAUGAGCAGGAGCACCUGCAGUGCGUGGAUAACGACGAGUGCGGGGCAGAGGAGGCAGAGCCCUGCCUGGGGGGUCGUUGCGUCAACACGGCCCCCCCCUGCCAUGGGAUUGGGAAGUCCUCAUGGGAUUGCCCCCCCCCUUGA